AUGAAGGCUCAUCUUGUUCUACUUGCCGCGGGCCUCACAUAUGCCGCUGAAAGAACCCAACAACUUCCUGGCGCCGUGACCGCAACAACUGAUCCGACUCCGAAGGUCGUCUGGGGUUGCGCAAGCGAACUGUGUAUAGCAACUCGAAAAGAACGUCCCACGAGGGGUUUCGCUGUGGACUGCAGCGUGCCACCAAAGAACAAGGUUCCCGCCCAGGGCAAGAAGAAGCGUAACUUCAAAGGGAAGCAGAAGCGUGGAAUCAGACAGUGA